UAUUCACCAGUUGACCCAAUCGGUUCAACCAAAAAUAAUUUUUGUUAGACAUGGAGAACAUAGUCAUAAAGAUCCCAGAUCCACUUCUUGGACAUUGUGCAAACUAAUUUUACUGCUAAAAAGACCUUCUUGAAAACCUUUUAAUACAAUGACAUAUAGACUGUGAAGAUACAUAGUUUUUUAAUCUUUUUAAUUAUUGACUUCCAACUUGUAACUCCUACAUGUUAAACAACCAGAGGAGGUGACAAUGACUACCGUUACUCAAAGAACAUUGUCUCCACAAACUGUAAAUUAUGAAUUCGACUGUAUCUUAGUCCGCUUACUAUAAAAAGGUCCACGUCAGUGCGCUGUGCGAUAGGAUGGAGCGACUAAAGAGUGAAGUACCUAUGACGAAUGUUCUGUACUACGUACCGCACAACAUAACAUAACCACAAUCAUAAAUUUGCAACGUGUUGUGUGUGCAACAACUUAACAGAUACCUUAUAAGAUUCACGCAUCUAGGAAAUAUUUAGGAACAAAUUAUAACAUAAAAAAGAUAAGUGCUCAAAAAUGAACUCGUUAGUGUGGAUAUGUGUUAUACUAUUGGGACAAUGUUAUAUGGGAAUUAAUGCACAGGGUCAAAGAGUUGCACCGGGAGUUCCACCCCAACAUUAUCAACAGCCACCACAGCCGCAUCAGGUUCAUCAGCAGCAACAAAUCCAUCAGCAACAACAAAUCCACCAACAACAAGUUCAUCAACAGCAACAGUUUCAGCAAGUACCAGUACAACAAGUUCCUGUACAACCAGUUCCUCUCCAGCAGCAACCUCAAGUUCAACAUGUGCCGGUACCACAGCAGCAGCAGCAGCAGCAGCAGCCGCAACAACAACAACAACAACAACAACAACAACAACAACAGCAGCAACAAGUGCCACAUGGUCAUAACCAUGGGGUACCGCAGCCAGGACAAAUUCUCAAUGCUGCAAAUAUUGAGCACGAAAAGGCACACAUAGCAGAGCACAUGGAAAUACCUAUGGACACAAAUAAAAUGACGGAUCAGGAGUUACAGUUCCAUUAUUUCAAAAUGCAUGAUGCAGACAAUAAUAACAAAUUGGAUGGUUGUGAGCUUAUAAAAUCUCUCAUCCAUUGGCAUGAGACAGAAGAAGAAGGCAUGCAGGCAGAAAACUAUACGGACGCGCAGUUGUUGAACGUGGUUGAAGCAGUUAUGAGUUCGACUGAUGUUGAUGAUGACGGGUACAUUACAUGGUCUGAGUUUAUCGCCAGAAACAGUUGAACUAGGUCACAUUCCGUAUAAAAUGAUAUAGGUUUAUUCUUGAAAAUUAUGAACAAAAGAUGAAACAAAAAAAAUUUGAUGACGAAUUUAAUAAAUUGAGAUUUAGUUUUAGUUUUAAUUAUAAUUUAUUCACUCGGAAUAUCGGAGUUUGCAGUUGCCCUUCACUGCUGGUUAAGUUUUCAUGUCGUUUGCUGGAAAUAAAAUAAUUUUUCAUCGAAUAAACAAUUAACAAAUCAAAAACGGUUAACCAAUAUUAUCGCGGAACACAAGAGAAAUCGGAACUUUGCCCAAAAAACAUUGAAAUAAUGAAAAAUGUAAUUGAAGACUGUACUAGUUGAGAAAAACAAAGACAGCACGUUUACUGCACCGAUACUAGACAUUUUAUAGGCGGUUCAAAACAUUACGGUAUACAUAGCAACGUCCAAUCUGUAUAUAUGAUCAUGGUUCUUGUUAUAAUCUACAUCUUGUAUCCAUUACGUAAUUACUUACAAUUACAUUAAAAGAUGUUAAAUAUUUUGAAAACAAAUAUCGCUCAAUGAAAAAUCAGUAAUCACUGAUCCCAACUGGGCUCGCUCAUUCGGAUGGUUUGUGUAACUUUCUCUUAAAAUAGUCAAAUAUCUUCCUUACUUCUCUAUACAGUUCUAUUUUUUUUGAAUGUAUAGUGCCAAUGAGGUACAAAUUGUUUAUGCUUUUCAGAGUUUAUUAACUGAAUCAUAAUCAACGAUCAUAAUUCCUUAACAGGUACAACGGCAAACCAUUUUGGUAGCAAAUAUUGUCACUUUGAUCUGUCGUAAUAUUACACCGCCGUAAAUUACAAUACUUUGAACUUUUGUACAUCGAGUUACCAUCUGAGUGUAUAACUUAAGUGAAUAUAUUAUAGUCAAAUAUUUAUAUAAUUUUCUCUUUAAACUUAUAUUUACCCUAGAUCGAACGCGAAAAAAAAUGUAAAUAAUGAUAUGCAUACAGACCAGGUAUUUUAUAACAAUUACUGUAUGCAAAGAAAUUUGGGUUGUGCAAAUGUUUCAAGUGAUAUGAUUAUUUCAAGUUAAACAUUUUAUAAUGAGUGGGUGAAUUGUUUUUGUGCGUUUUAUAUAUCGAAGAAAAUGAAGAUAAGAAGUAAGACAAAAGUAAAGACUAAAAUAAUUAUCAUAUUGCACUGUCUAUGUAGCACUUGAUCCGUGUUAAUAAACACUUACAAAUCGACCCACUUGUCAUCGCUCACUAGCAAUGACAAUUACUAGUUCGAACGUAUCAAGUGAACAUUUUAUAUUUUAUAUACAAAUAAAUCGUUAUUAUUUUAAAAGUUGA